GACUAAAUCAUGAACGAGUUAUAAACUUUUUUCUAUGAUGAUCCCAUUCCCUGUGUUGAUAAUGAACUACUCGAAAAUCAUUGAAAUAUAGUGACGCAUUCUACGCAGGAAAAAAGUGAAAUGAUGAUCAAACUUGUGAUCGUGAGAAGAAAUGCAUAGAAGUAUUACUUUGUCUAUGGUAUCAUCAACAUUUUCCAAUAAUAAUAAAGAUACUCAUACUAAUGAACAAAAUAAGGAAAUAUUUUUUGCCAAAAUUGGAAUAGGUUUCAUCGAGUUUUUGAUAUCGUCUUCAUUCCUUUGUUAUGGUAUUAUAUUUGCCGAAAAUGUUGAAGGAGGCGUAUAUUCUGUUGGAAAAGGAUUAUGGACACUAGUGCUGUACAGUUCAAUUAGACACAUAACCAGUCCACCAGCUAAACUCUUGAUUGAAUAUGUUGGAGAAAGGUUAUCAAACGGGUUCCGAUAUAUUAUUUGUACUAGUAGCUGCCUAUUGUGCAUUGGUUUAGUUCUACCAGGACAUGUUCUGACUUAUGGAAUAUUUUGUGGUGUUUCCUCAAGUCUCAUAUUCCACCAGCUCAAAUAUUUUUCAACAAAACAAUGUCGUUUUGGGACAAAAGUAUACGAAGGAAAUAUUCAGUCAGCACGAGCCAUCAGUUUGUUGAUAUCACCCCAUCUAAUGCUGCUUCUCGUUUCGAAUUAUUCGAUGGAUCGGGCUCUACUGAUUUUCGCAGCGUUACUUUUAAAUGUGAUCCCUGCAGUUUUCGUUUUGAAAACGCCCGGGAAUCAUGGAAAAGAGCCUUCUCCUGAAAUGUCUCGUUACAGUACCUUACCUGCAUUUUCUCGUCAAAUGUCUGAAAUGGUAGAAUUCAGCCGAUCUACGAAUCUCCUGAAAGUCGAUAACCUAGACUCUAGUUUCAUUGACACUAACGAUGAAGAGAGUGAACUCAGUGGAAACAAUGAAGAAGAUGAAGGAGAAAAAAGUGUCACUUCUCUCAAAGACGUUAUAUUGAACCACAAAAACGAAGUAGUGGAAGAAAUCGAACAACCCAUAGUUCCUUUAACUCAUGAAACCGUUCAAAUGUACUACAGUAUCGCUGGAGUUACAAUUCUCCCAGAAAUACCAGAGGAAUCAGAAGAUACUCAGAAAUCUAAAAAUGAUUAUAUAGACCCAAAAAGGCUGAGUAAGAUAAGUAUGAUCUUGGAAGAAAUUAACCAGAAAGAGAACAAAGUUAACGAGGAGAGAACGGAUAUUUUGAAUAUAGAAGAUCUCUUGAGGAAAGUGGAGAAUCGUGAGAAAGUUCAGAGCAUUGAGUACAUUCAGGAAUAUCAAAAUGAAAGAAAAUCGUUUCUUCGAGAAAUUGAAACUGUAAGAAAAAGAGCUCGAUGUUCUUGUUGUAGCAGCUACAUCUGGAAGCAAAGAUUCCUCAAAAUAAAGUACUGUUGCCUGGAUUACUUUCUCAUGCCGAUUUUCAAUUCGUUUACGGAACCUUUGUUUUAUCCAAUAGUGAUUUCCAAAGUGAUGCUUACCCUAAAUUCAACAAUAUUCAUUUCCUUGGCUCCAUAUUUUGCUCGAAAAAAGAUCCAAUAUUACAAACAAGAAGACACCACGUUACUGUUGUCCUAUCUGGCGUUUGCUUGGUCUUUAUUUCUGAUGUUUUUGCCAUUGUUACGGAAGAUUAACGAAGAAAAGCUUAGACGGAUAUUUAUUCUUGGACUGGCGUUAACUGGAAGCAGCAUGAUACUGCUAACCAAACAAAAACUGUCUAACGACUUCAUCGUUUGGAGCUGUUUACUAUAUGGAUGUGGAUAUGGUAUGAUGACAUACACAGAAAACAUGGUGUACGAGACGUUUUUGAAUGAAAGAAGAAUGAAAAUCAUCGAGGGUUGCUUAGAAAUAUUUUCGGGUUUAUUUGUGAUAUUAGUGUAUUAUUUAAUUUAUUAUUAUCGGUUAGAUAUUCUCAGUAUUUUUCCUAUGAGUACGUUUUUGUCGAAUGUAGUAAUUGCCGUAAUUUGGCUUUCAGUUCCUCAACUUCAAACCAUUGGUCUCAAACUGAAGAGAUAUUUUCAGAAAGGUGAAGUUGAAGAUGACGUUCUGUAAAACUGAACUGGCUGGAAACCACAAUGACCAGAGUAAUAUUUUUUGAAUUCGAUUUUUGAUACCAAAUAUGGAAAUUACAAUUUUCCAGUUCGAGUAUCUUGUAUUCAAAAAACAUUUUGAGGUGAGAUUUUCACCUGAUAGUUUACAAAACCGCGACACAUGUUUCGCUAUACAAUAAAAUGUUCAGUCGUCACAAUACUGUACUGUGACGGUCAGUUUUAUUAAAUUUUACAAGUAUUUUGACUUGUUGAAACUGAAUAUCAGGAAAAUGUCUGACGUUUACAAAGAUGUUUGAUGAAAAACAUCAACAUAAUUUUCCAUAUAACUAAAAAUAUUUCGUUCAACAAAAUUUAAUCCUUGAGUCAAUAGCAUAUCGAAGUAUCUUUGUGAUUGAACGAUUUGAAAGUAAAAGGACGCUUUUAUAAAUGAAA